CUAGCUAGCUAGGAAGCAUGCAUCUGUUUGAAUUGAAGAUCAAACUGCAUGCAUGGCCAUGAUGACCGGAGUAUCAUCGGAGCCAAGUGCCAAAGUUGAGCUGAUUUAGGUGUACUGUAAAAGUCCUCAAGUUAAAAGAUUCGAAGAAAUUUGCAUAGCCAGUUCUUCGAAAGUGGGAAGAAAGACAAGGAUACGAUGAUGUGUAGGCCUCUCGAAUCAAUCAGGAAAGCGUGAGCUGAGAAGGAAGAGGGAUGAGCGUUUGAUCCAUAUCUCUAGCAGAAAACAUGUUGAUUUAACUCCUUCUAACAUGUCGAGUGGAGACCUGACUUUGUUUCACGUACGCUUUUCCUUCGCUACUAUCUCAAAGUGGCUCGAUCACAAGGUUCAUGCGGAGUCGCUGCUUGAGCCUCGUCUAUUAUAAGUUGUUGCUAUUUGAAAUGAAUAAAAUGUUAUGUGCUACGAAGAAUCGAAGUGGUAUACCUGUUCACAUACAAAUGCUAAGAUGCCGAGGUUCAGCAAGGAAAAGGACAGAGAGAAGAAGAUGAAGCUAAGCUAGAGAAGGAAAAGAUGGAUUACAAGAUCAUUUCAACGCAAGAAAGAAUUGUCCCUUUGUAGUAUAAUGGCAAUAAACACCAUAGAUAAUCCUUUUUCUUUUCUUUCAACGAUGUUUCUGAUCCAGAUGAAUGCUAACAUUGCCAGAGAAAGAUUAUUGUGUUCUAGAAAAGAGCUGAUGAGCUCAUAAAACAUGCGAGUUGAUCACUGACCCAAAUCCUCCUAAGAGCUGAUGACUUAGACACUAGUUCCUGCAAUACAUGCUAAAGCAUGCUAGCAUGCUACUUCUAAAGAUAGCUGCCUGCGCGGGCCACCAAAGGAAAUUCGGGUGUACACAUGCACACCCAUGACACUAGGAUCGGCAACUAAUGGAUGUGUUCAACGGCGUGCGAUUCGUGCGGCUGCGGUGCUGCGCGCGCCGCGGCAACUACCUCGCCGCCGGCGUCGACGGCCAGGACGUCUGCCUCUCCAGCCAGCGAGGCCUGCACAAUGCGGUGUGGGCCGUCCAGCACGCGGCGGGUCCCGACGGCGGGCCCUGCGUCCUCUUCCGCGGAGCCUACGGUCGCUACCUCCUCGCCACCGACCUCCAGGCGGACACCGGGCCAUCCCACGGCGUCGCGGCCGCGCAGGACGACCUCAGCUACAACCCGCCGCCGCCGGGGAUGCUGUGGCAGGCGAUCCGCAGGAGGAGCACCUUCGUCAUCCGGAGCAGCACGGGGCGCUACCUUCGCGCCAACGGGAGGUACCUCCGGUGGCGCAGGGCCAUCACCGUCGCCGGGGACAACGGCAGCACGAUGAUGCAGUGGGCCAUCGAGAACGUUCCCAUCAGGAUGACGCGCCCCUGCAUUCUUGAUCCAACAUACCAGCUGACGCAUCCGCGCCGUCCUCCGCCGACCGAGAGCGAGGUGGCUCGGCAGAUCCGGUACGUCCGCGGCGACGCCAACGGGAAUAUCAACGAGGGAGCCUGGCGGAUGAUGCAGCUCUACACCAACAACCUGAUGCAGCUACGGCUCACCUUGGCAUGCUGCAUGGGCGCGAGCAGGGACGUGACCCGCACCACCCUCUGCAUCCGGGCAGGCCGCUACGGGCAGCUCAGCCCUCUGCUCAUCGACCUGCCCAUUGGCAACAACCGCAUCGACAUCGUCGUCCUCACCCACGGGACACAAGCGGACGACGAUUUGCGGUACCCAGAUUUGAAUGCUCCUAGGGUAGAAGAUAGCAGCAAGGACUCCUGACAAAUGGACAGCUCCAGUACUUUGGACAUCUUACAGAUGUAGAAUCCCAAGUACUUUUUUUAUGUUCCGUUGGAGUGCUUGAAUAAGUGCAGAGUAGCGAAACUAACAUAUAGAGACUAGCGAUGUUAUCUAAGUAAAACUAUG